AAAAAAAAAUGGGAAAGAUUAUGAAACCUGGACGAGUUGUGAUCAUGCUUAAUGGUCGAUUUGCUGGACGCAAAGCUGUUGUGAUCAAAAGUUAUGAUGAUGGUUCUUCUGAGAGGCCUUAUGGACAUGGAUUGGUUGCUGGGAUUGACAAAUAUCCACGUAAAGUAGUCAAACGAAUGGGCAAAAAACAAAUUGCAAAACGCAUAGCAAUGCGUCCAUUUGUCAAAGUUACUUCUCUUCAACAUUUGCUUCCAACUCGUUGUACUUUUGAGGCUGAAUUUGACAAAAGUAUUGUUAACAAGGAGUCGAUUAAAGAUCCAAAAUCAAAACGUAAGGCAAAGUUGCACAUCAAAAAAGAAUUUGAAACGCAAUAUAAGGCUGGGAAGAGCAAAUGGCUUUUUACUAAAUUGCGUUUCUAA